AGCUAAGGCUAUAGCCUUAGGAUAUUUUCUAAUUUAAUUUUUUUUUAAUUUUUUAAUAUGUUUUAUUCUUUUUUUUAUUUAGCUAAUAUUAAUUUCCCUUAAAUAUUAAAAUGUGUGAAGGAAAAAAAAUCAUAAUUAAUAUAAGUUUGAUUUAUUUUUUUAUGAUGAGCAUUUAAAUAUUUAUUCUUCUUGUUGUAAGGAAAGUUCUCGCAAAGUAAUGUGUACUGUGUUUGAUUGACCAUGUGCUCGAUUCUAAUGAGCUGCUGUGACGCUAGACUACUCCGCUCAAUGUUUGCUUGCAGUAAAUAUUCAUUCCCUGUACGACACCCGUGGCUGUCUGCGGCGGGCUACACCGAACGAUGUGUGUCAACCUUUGCUCAUCGAUAACGAUGUUGCUUCCAUGCCUUGAAGUGACAUUUUGAUGAUUCCCCGACAGGCUUCCAAAACCCACAUUCCUAGCACCAUCGUCUUGUACGGCCACGUGUAGGAAGGAUUUUCUUGGAAGGUGUACGAAAUCGAAGCGGAAGUAAUCCACCGAUCGGGUCAUGCUCACCGCGAUGGUUCGAUUGAUUGUGCGGAAUGAAGAAUGACGGUUGAUCGAUGAAGCGGUGAGAUAUGUUUUCCAUACCGCGUUUCCGACCAGCGCCAAUUGAUUGUCUCCGAUUGUCAAUGUCGUACCGGUGCGAUUGCAUUGAUUUGGAGGGAAUGGGAUUCCUUGUAAAAAGGUGAAAGAAUAAGUUCGUAUGUAUGGCUACCGUGUGGUUUGAGAUUCUGAAGGGUGUGUCAGAGUGGGUGGUUUAACUGUUUCUUGUGCCGAUUGUUACCGGUUGCGAACAAAGGGAACGUAACGAACGGUAAUGGGGACAUACAGUUGGGAAUGCAAAUGUUGUCUUCAUCAAUAAAAUAAGUUAUGCUUUGUUAAUAAUGGGAGGAUUUUUCUUUUUCGUUUUUAAGAACAAAGAACCUUAGGAAAAUAAAUACUUGUAGACCUUGAUUUCCAAUAAAAUUAAUAUAAUAAUAAUACUUUAGCAAGAUCUUCUAACAAGCAAUUGAAAAUAACGAUUUUUUUUCAAUUUUUAAUAUCUUCAUAACUUAAUAUUUUUUUCUAUUGAACAAAAUGUACUAUUUCAUGAUAAAAUGCACAAAACCGAGAGUGUCAUCGAAGGUUGCUUUUCACCCUUUGCGCUAUGGUUAUGACUUGCAUACGUGACAACCCCAUGUCCGAUUAUAAGGGCCUUUCAAGUACAUAAGGAAAAAUAACUACUCCGAUUUGACACGGAUAAGCCAUCAUCUUCCAACCGUUCCUUCAAGUCCUUGUCUGCUGAUAGUCCAAGACCACGGUUUGUCUAUUUAACUAACGCGUUGACCGUCAAUGGGAAAGCAAAUAAUGCAUAAAUGAUUACUGGCGGCGUCUUGUAAGGUGUGAGAAGCAGACUGCUAUAAUCCGUACCAAACCCCGGAAGUCGGAUAUAAAAUGCUGCUAACAGACGGAUCGACCAGGUAGUAGAGUUUUUGGCAACCGGACAAACGGACCGAAUGUCCUCGCAAACGCUGGUGUGCCGUGUCUGUGGUGAUCGUAGCUCCGGUAAGCACUACGGUACGGUUUGCUGUGAUGGGUGCUCUUGCUUUUUCAAGCGUAGUAUCCGCAAACGUGCAAUGUAUGCGUGCAUCUCCGGUCAGGAAGGAUGUUCGGUGGAUAAGGCACGUCGCAACUGGUGUCCCUUCUGUCGGCUGCAGAAAUGCUUUCUGGUGGGCAUGAAUGCGGCAGCCGUGCAGCAGGAACGUGGCCCCAGAAAGGAAGAUGGAUUCUCGGUGCAGAUUCUAUCGCAAGUGCUGAUGGCGUGCAUCCGGCAAGUGCGUCAUAACGAGCACUUUGCCAUCUUGAGCCGGAUGCAGCAGAACGAGAUACUGCGGCACGUGUGGUACGAAUGCUUUCUGCUUCGCGUUGCCAACUGGUCCAUCGACAUAUCAUCGCUGGUCGAACGCUGUUGCGACGGUCAUCUGCGUUCGGUAGUGGAGGACAUUAAGGCAUUGCGGGUCGAUCUCAUCGAACUAUCAUUGCUCGAGACGUUGAUUCUGUGUCGGAAAGGUACGUUACGUUUUGUAAGGAAAUAUUCCCUUUCCGUAUACUCAUGCUUCUUUCCUUCCCCUACCCCAAUGAAAUUGGCCAAACAAAAUGGAACGCACCUGGAUGGAUGGAACGAUAACAGAGUACGCACUGAGCGUACGGGAAGCCAACCAGCUGGAACAUCUUGCCGACCGGGCUCUUACCGCACUGAGUCACUACAGCUGGCAACAGCAGCCGGGUCACGAACUUACACCGGUGAAGGAGCUUCCGUGUACGACCGGUGCACCGUGUCGGGAAGUCCGGUGCACAUCCAUCCCCACCGGAGGACUACGGUCGUUGGUAGGCCGGAGGCGAAUGCACAUCCUGCCAGCCUCGAACGAGCGUCGGCCCGUUUGGGGAAACUGUUGCUUGGUUUGCGUACCGUGGCGUUGCGUUUUAACGAAUUUGCCGUCCGUGCAAUGCUGCGGGAGGUAAUUAGUGACGAUGGGCUGGCACUGGAAACUAUUCUAACGAAACUGUAGCAGCCCUCCGGGGUGGAAAUGGUGUGCAGACAGGAUGCGCACCGUUAUUUACCCAAUUCCUCCAGGCAACGCAUUACGCACUUACACCGCUUCAGGGGGCAUGGAAUGUGGUUAGUGCGAGUAGAAUCUAAUUAUGUGCACGAAAUGCUGUACACUUUCACAGCCAGUGUUUUCGGUGGUAAGGAAUCUUGUCCGCUACCUUUGGUUGCCUUGGUUGGUCGAAUGUCGUCCGGUGCGAAGGUCAACGCCAAUGCUGCAGGACAUUGGCAUUAA